CCUUUGUCUGUUUCCUUUUGUUUCUUAUAAUAAUACUGUGAUAAUUACUUUUUUGCUACCCGUAUUUGAAAUGCGGUUUUGAUAUGCAUUGAUGCAUUUGCUGCUUGAACUUGCGGGGUGGUUAAAGUAUCUGUAAUAUUUACAAGAUAUCCAUUUAUAAACAUACAUAUAGGAUUCUAUAUAGAUAUAUAUAUAUCUAUAUAACCAGUUUCUCUCCACGGGCAUGGCUUCACUGCCAUCUCCAUCUCCUUCUUCUCCCUCAACCCUAACAAGAUGGUACAUUGACACUAGGCCUCUAACGGCCACAACUCAGUCCCUCCCCCUCCUCUCCACCCUCCAAGAAUCCGACCAAACCACCGUCAAAGCCUUCUACCACCUCUCAGACCGCCACAUGUCUCUUGCCUCCUAUCUGUUAAAAUAUCUCUUCAUCCACCGCACAUGUCAAGUUCCCUGGGCCCAAAUCGUCAUCAGCCGCACCCCGGCCCCGCAUAAAAGGCCCUGCUAUAUCCCCCCUCAACGGCAUCAGCCACCUCUAUCUGGGGAUGAUAACCGGGACGCCAAUCCCUUGACUCCCAUCCCAAACAUUGAAUUUAACGUCAGCCACCAAGCCUCCCUCGUCGCAUUGGCAGGAUGCAUUAGCCCCGCACCACGAAGCGUGGAAGAGGCAUUCUCCCCGCAACCCCGCGUUACCCUGAGCUCAAACACAGAUGCCUAUAACAACCACCCCUCCCCCUCCCCUCAAAUCGGCAUAGACAUAACCUGCAUGGAUGACCCAGCCCGCCGCAACCGCGGGCCCCCAAAGACAGAAGCCGAACUACACGCCUUCAUCGACAUCUUCGCUGAGGUCUUCUCAACAAACGAACUAGAUGCAAUGAAGGCAUAUCCCAGAAUCAACAACAACAACAGCAGCAGCAGCAGCAGCAGCGCGGCUAUGACCUUACAAGAGUCGAUAAUCUACCGUCUCCGCCUCUUCUACACCUACUGGGCCCUCAAGGAAGCGUAUAUAAAAAUGACCGGCGAAGCGCUCCUAGCGCCCUGGCUACGUGAUCUGGAAUUCAGAGAUGUUGUCGUUCCGACGCCACCAGCUUCAUCUGCAUCCUUGCAGUGGGGAGUACCGGAGACAGGGAUCAGAGCUACGUUGUAUGGCCGGGAUGUGCCAGAAGUGCGUUUGGAGGUGGUGGCGUUUGGAAAUGACUACAUCUUUGCGACAGCGGGGAGAGGGGGUGGGUUUGGGAACUCUGCAGGCGAAGAGGAGAUGAAGGCCCGGUGGGAUGAGUUUCGCUUGAUGGAUAUCGAGAGGGAUGUGGCGCUGUGUGCGAGAGGGCAAUGUGAAUGUUUGGAUUAAGAGUGAUUUAGCGGGGGGCGGUUGAGGGUUCUGCAUCUGUGUCAGUUUUGUGUGUGUUGAGAGGAUUCCACGGGAUGAUUUUAUUUAUUACGACAAUAUAUAUAUUUGACUCUAAUGGCUGAAGGGUUAUAUAUAGAAUACUCUGGACAACAUAUUAUCAUCGCCCCUACAUGUAUGUUCUACUAACCGUCACGCGCAAUCAAUCUCAUCCAUCACUUUUCUCCAAAGAAAUUCAAACUAGGAAAAAAAAAAAAAAAAAAAAAA